UUAUCAAGGAGGAGUUAGCAACACAGAGGCGCUUAUACCCAGCCGGCCUGAAUAAAACCUGGCAGAGACAGAGACUGUGUGAUCCGGGACAGUAGACUGACCUCACAGUGUGUUUGAUUUGCAAAAGGACGAAUUGGUAAAAACUGGCAACAUGGUUGUGGCAGGCUGCACGAAAUGCAUCAAAUACAUGUUAUUUUUCUUUAACUUUAUUUUCUGGCUGGCCGGAGGUGUGAUCUUAGCAGUGGCCCUGUGGCUCCGCCAUGACAGUCAGACCAGCAACCUCCUCAUCCUGCAGUUUGAAGGCCAACAGGCUCCGGGCACCUUCUACAUCAGUGUGUACAUACUGAUAGCUGUGGGGGCUGUGAUGAUGCUUGUGGGCUUCCUCGGUUGUUACGGUGCCAUUCAGGAAUCUCAGUGCCUGUUGGGGACUUUCUUCUUCUUUUUGAUUAUCCUCUUCGCUUGUGAAGUGGCUGCAGCGAUGUGGGGUUUCAUGAACAAGGACACGAUCUCUAAGGAACUGAUCAAUUUCUACGACUCUGCAUACAUCAAAGCUGUGGACGUCUCCGGCUCUCCCAGCAAAGACUCUGCCAUCAAGGUGCUGGAGGUUUUCCACUCUACGCUCGACUGCUGCGGUAAAGGAGACGACACCGCUCUGUUCAAACAAGUCGUCGGCACCUUGUGUCCCAGAAAGACUCAGGAAGAUUUUCUGAAAUCUCAGAGCUGUCACUAUAAGCUGAUCGAGCUGUUCUCAGAGAAGCUCUACCUGAUCGGUCUGGCUGCCUUGGUGGUUGCUGUUAUCAUGAUCUUCGAGAUGAUCUUCACCAUGGUGCUGUGCUGCGGCAUCCGGAACAGCCCGGGGGUUUAUUAGAAGUCCAUCCAACAGGCAACAUCAGCCUUAAUGGGAUUCUUUAUCAUUUGUUCUAUGCAUCACCUCCUCCUCCUUAUGAAUAUGACACGACAAGAUGGAUACCUCUCUUUUUUUAUUCUAGAUUAGAAAAUACAACUUGCUUUUAAUAUUUCUUAUCCAUCGAAACUCACAUUUUCUACUUAAUAAUGUAGCUUCUCUAAGUCAGAUGUUCUUAAUUUAUCACACAACGAUUCAUAUUAAUCUUUUAUAUGUACGGUAUGUUGUGAAAUAUUUCGAUGAGGUCAUAAUGCUGUUUUUACGGAUGUAUAAAUUGUAUAUAUACUUGUCGUAUGUUAAUAACACUAAGGAGGGUGCAUGUAUUCCCUGAUUGAUUGUUUGUUAGAAUAUAAUUUGAGCUCAUGUACCGUCUUACUCUAAUGAUUUUCAGGAAGUUAACCUGUGAGUUUUUUAGUUGACUGUCUCUUCCUUGUGUCUAGUGAACCAUCUUCAUACUUGUGAAACACCCGUCCUUAAAUAAACAGUCUUCUUACUCAACCUGUUUUU